ACUUUUUGGGACUUGCGUUUGUUGCACCGCUAACGUUUUGGCGCCACAUUAGACGGUGGGUAUGAGAUGAUACACCGGGGAAAGCAGAUAACCCUGAGAAUCUACUAUCUAGUGACCAAUUCACAGUUUGGUUAACCUCAAAAUGGCUGGAUCGGUAGCUCGUAUAUUUUCCACAACAAAGUUUUUAGGCCAUGUCAAGCGACCAGUGGGCAUCAAUUUCAGUCAGACACCCCUGUCAACACAAGCAGUCCCCAAAGUACAAAAAAGUGAAGACCCACCAGCUGUGAUAGAUCCCCUGAAGCACCCCGAUCUCUUCGGAGUUCACGAGCUGUUCACCAUAAAGGACCUCUUCGACGCACGAGUGCACUUCGGCCACAAGAUCGGCUCCCUGGAUGAUCGAAUGAAGCCGUACCUCUACGGAUCACGACUGGGCCAUCUGAUAAUCGACCUCGACAAGACAGCUGAACACCUCCGAAGUGCCCUCAACUUCACAGCUCACAUUGCCUUUCACAAUGGAAUAAUUCUCUUCGUCUGUCGCAAUCCCCAGGCCACUCACCUGGUCGAAAAAACGGCCAGGGAGUGCGGUGAAUUCGCCCACACGAGAUUCUGGACGAGGGGAACAUUCACCAAUGCAACGAGACUCUUCAAGGCUGUCACCAGACUCCCGGACUUGUGUAUCUUCAUCAACUCCCAGAACGAUGUACUCUACGAGAGUUUUGCUGUACGUGAUGCAGCAAAAAUGUGCAUUCCCAGUGUUGGAAUUGUCGACACCAAUUGCAAUCCGAAUCUCAUCACUUAUCCAGUGCCUGGCAAUGAUGACAGCCCAGUAGCCCACGCCCUGUACUGCAAACUGUUCAAGGAAGCUAUUCUGCGGGGAAAAGGGGCUAGGGAAAAGUUGUCCAAGUUAACCGAGUAGUAUAAGUUUAUUCCUUAUGUACAAAAUGUCAUAUAAAAUCAUUUCAACUGAA